AUGCCACGUUUUGAAGCUCGUGUUGCAAUAACUGAGGCUUUGAAGUCUAACGUUUUUAAUACCUUUCUUAAUUUUUUGUCCAACCCUAAAAGACGCGAAUACCCUUCUUAUCUUCUUCAUCAAAUAUGCAUACAGGGACUUUAUAAAGGGGAAGAAAAGAAUGAGAUGCGUUUAGGUGUUUGUUCUAGAAGCAAUGAUGUGAUUGAACCUAUGAUUAAGCCUCAAUGGUAUGUCAACUGCAAUGGUAUUGCUAAAGAAGCUCUUAAUGAUGUAAUGGAUGAAAAUAACAAGAAAAUUGAUAUACUUCCAAAACAGUAUGCUGCUGAAUGGAAAAGAUGGCUUGAGAACAUUCGUGAUUGGUGUGUAUCAAGGCAGCUUUGGUGGGGCCACCGAGUUCCUGCAUGGUAUGUGACAUUGGAGGAUGAUAAACUGAAAGAGCUUGGAACAUACAUGGAUCAUUGGGUGGUUGCUAGGGAUGAGAAAGAGGCUGAAGCUGAGGCUAAAAAGGUCUUUUCAGGGAAAGAGUUUGAAUUGGCUCAAGAUCCUGAUGUUUUAGACACCUGGUUUUCUUCAGGGCUUUUCCCUUUAUCUGUAUUGGGGUGGCCUGAUGAUACUCAAGAUUUGAAGACUUUUUAUCCAACUGUUGUUCUUGAAACUGGGCAUGACAUUUUGUUCUUUUGGGUUUCUGCUAUGGUGAUGCUUGAGAUGAUAUUAGGAGGCGAUGUACCUUUCCAAAAAUUUAGUUAA